ACAAUGAUUUUUUAUAAUUAUUUAUUUUUAAUUUGAUAAAUCCACUGGUUUAAGAAAACUCAAGAAAAGAUAUUUAUGAAAAUGUACUUACCGGAUUUGACAAAUGAAAUAUUGAAGAUUAUGACAAUAAUUGAAGCGACAUUAGAAAAAUAAAAUUCCAGACAAAUUAUCUUUUUGAAGACUAGGCAGCAUGGUCUCCGACCUUAGCCUUUUCCAAACGGAACAAACGUACUAAAAAAAAAAAAAACUAAAAGGUCUACGCUCACAUCACUUCAUUGAAAAAAAUAAAAUUACAAAAUUACUGUAAGGUUUUGUGAAAAUAUGAGAUUUUCUUUAAAUAAAAUUACAUAGUGAGUAAGUUAUAUUGGAAACCUCAACAAAAAUUAGAAUAAAAAAAAAUAGUCGGCUUAUAUUUUAAAAUUUUAACCUCAAUUUUGGUAUCUAUAAUUUAAACUACCUUCUUUAUUUAUUUAUUAUAUAUUAUAACUAUGACGGAGAGUCGCGUCGGAUUCCUUUAUAACGCCGCUAAUAAUCUGGAUGAUCGCAUGCGAAUAUUGAAAAGUUAUUAUUUAAUGAGAUGCAAAGAGGUAUCAAAAGGGAGCCCUCUUCCAGAGAAAUAUUUUUCCCCCAAAGUGAGGUGUUCUUAUUGCUACCUUGAGUGGGGUAGUGAAACCAAAAUUGAAGUAAGAUCUAAAAAGAUUUGCAAGAAGCAAAAAAAGAAAAUAUCUUCUAGAAAUGAAAAGAAGAAUCUUAAAAAAGAAAUAUUUCCUAAGGAGCUAGAGCAAAUUUGUUCAUUUUGCAAAAAAUCUACAGUAGUGCCAUUAUCAAGACCUAAAAAGGAAGAGAAAUGUGAAAUAAAACCUAUAUUAACAGAAAAAAGAAAUAUAAAAGAAAUAAAAAGUAUAUCAGGAACUAAACAUAAACCUGAAAAAAUAAUAAGUCAAAAGAAAAUUACGAUAGAAUCGCAAAUUAACAUUUAUGCAAACGCUAAAGAGAUAUUUUCUUUGAAAAAUAACAAUAACACAUUAGCAAAUAGUAUGAAUAAAUGUCCAAAAGUUAUAAAAAAUAGCAAGAAAAAGAAAGAUAAAUUUGCAGGUCUUUGUCAGAAGGCCGUUUUAGCAUCUGUUAAAUUAAAAGAGGAACAAAAAAGUCAGAAUAAACUUAAUUUAUUUUUAAAACCAUCUUCCUAAUUAAU